UGCCUCAGUUGCCUAAUCGGACGGGCCGCCACUGUCGUUGGUGGUCGUCUUCUCUUUCAGAGAACCAGGGUUACGUUUCCGCUGUUGCGCAGUGAGACAGGCUAGCUGCAAUACCCUGAAGUUUAUACAUACAGUACUAACUUGCCACACUCAAAAAGCGGGCAGGCAUGGAGAGUGAAAGCUCAUCUUCAGCUGCUUCGGUCAGCGGUAGCCCUGCACAAACUGUAACUGACCUGUCCAGGCACAUGCUAGAACAAGACGAAGACGAAGAUGACGACUUGGAAGUUUUCAGUAAGGAUGCCACGUUGACCGAUGCCAGCUCUUUUAGUGCUUCUAUGCCCAUGUCCCCUGCAUCCAUGAUUAACCAGUAUAAGCUUGAAGAGCAAGACAUUAAAGAUGUGUUCAUCACAGUAGACUGCCCGGAGAGCCACGUCACAUCCAUAGAGACUUUCGUUACUUACAGGGUUAUAACAAAGACAACUCGCAGUGAAUUUGACUCCAGUGAAUAUGAAGUUCGUAGACGUUAUCAAGAUUUCCUUUGGUUGAAGGGCAAACUUGAAGAGGCACAUCCUACUUUAAUUAUAAAUCCAUUGCCAGAGAAGUUUGUGAUGAAGGGAAUGAUGGAACGAUUUAAUGAUGGUUUCAUUGAGACACGCAGAAAAGCACUUCAGAAAUUUGUGAACAGAAUUGCAGAUCAUCCUAUUCUAUCUUUUAAUGAGGACUUCAAAGUUUUUCUCACAGCUCAAGCCUGGGAGCUGGUCUCCCACAAGAAGCAGGGCCCCGGCUUGCUCAGCAGGAUGGGGGAGACUGUGCGGGCAGUCGCUGCCUCAGUCCGAGGAGUUCAGAACCGCCCAGAGGAGUUUACUGCUAUGAAUGACUAUGUGGAGACAUUCGGCCAGAAAAUGGGCAUGCUGGAUAAGAUCGCUCAGAGAAUUGUCAAAGAACAAAAGGAGUACCUGGAGGGAAUGAAGGAGUGUGGUCCUGUGUACACCCUGUGGUCAGGCUCUGAAGAUCAACUAGUGGAGCCUCUUAAAGCUAUAGCUGGCUGCAUUGACAACUGCUGCAAAGUGACAGAGGAGCAAGUGGCUGGGCUCUCUGAAAACCAAGUUCCCAUCCUACACGAGUAUGUCCUCUGUGCAGAGACCUUGAAGGCUGUACUGAGAAGACGAGACUUCAUUCAAGCGGAAUACGAAUCUAAAGUUGAUGCUCUAGCCAAUAAGAAAGCAGACAAGGAAAAUCUGAAGCACACUGAUCUAAGCUUUGUGUUUGGGGGUUUCCUUGGCAAAAACACAGAAGCAGCCAAACAGCAGAAGCAGCAGAGACUUGAUUGUGAAAUGAGAGAGGUACGGCGACACCACUCAGUACGGCGACACCACUCAGUACGGCGACACCACACUCAGUACGGCGACACUCAAAGUCCUGCUGGACAGCUGCAGCAUUUGUCUUAAAUUUCAUAUACGUAGUUGACACUGAAGAUGGUAAAACUUAUACACAGUCAGUACUCACAUAUCCAACCCUAUACAAUUUUCACUUCAGUGACGGUUAAAUGAGUGUAACGCAUAUCUGAUUAUUUAAUUUUGGCCCGUUUCAACCCUUGUACGUUUUUCCAGGGAACACAAAGAUACAAUGUCAAAAAUACUUCGCUGAAAGGACUGGCAGGCUUCCAUUUAGAUGUACUGUAGUUGUUUUUUUUUUUGGUAUAAUACUAUAUUUUCAACAUAAGUAUUUUAAUUCAGAACGAUAUGAUUGCCAAAAGAGACGACUGUGGACACAUGGACUGAAAUACAGUACAUCCUUUUAAAUCUGGUAUGUAUUGUAGCAGUAUGUAAAAUUCCCCAUUAACGACCCAACAGCAAAAAUAAAUCAAAAUGUUACCCAUGCACAGAAGUGUGUAAAACGUAAAAGGCAGUGCAAUUUAGCAAAAGAUUACAAAACACCAGUUUCCAGAAUUAGUAUCCAAAGUCAGUAUUCCAAAUUGCAGAAUAUAGUGCUCGACGAGGCCUUAAUGUCACAGUUUGCUUACAAAUGAAAAUAUACAAAAGCAACUAAAGAUUACAGAGUUAAAAAAAACAUGCAUCACAGUAUCUAAGACUGUUUAUGAUUAACUUUUACAUUACAGUAGCUUGUCUUGUUCGCUUUGUUUUGGCUGCAGUGUCACUUAUCUACACACCAUACUCCACACUGUUAAGGGGAAAAAAGUUAUAUAUAAAAAAUACAAAACUGAAAGAUCAUAAUUGGAUAAGUCUCCACCCCCCUGAGUUAAUACUUGGUGGAAGCACCUUUGGCAACAAUUACAGCUGUGAGUCUGUUGGGAUAGGUCUCUACCAAGUUUGCACACCUAGAUUUGGCAAUAUUUGACCAUUCUUCUUUACAAACUGUUCAAGCUCUGUCAAGUUCCUUGGGGAGCAUUGAUGGACAGCAAUCUUCAAGUCAUGCCACAAAUUUUUGAUUGGAUUUAGGUUGGAGCUCUGACUGGGCCACUCAAGGACAUUUACUUUUUUGUUCCUUAGCCACUCCAGUGUAGCUUUGGCUGUGUUCUUUGGGUCGUUGUCAUGCUGAAAGGUGAACUUCUGUCCCAGUUUCAGCUUUCUUGCAGAGGGCAACAGGUUUUCCUCAAGGACUUUUCUGUACUUUGCUCCGUUCAUUUUCCCUUCUAUCCUGAGAAGUGCCCCACUCCCUGCUGAUGAGAAACAUCCCCAUAACAUGAUGCUGCCACCACCAUGCUUCACAGUAGGGAUGGUGUUCUUUGGGUGAUGCACUAUGUUGGGUUUGCGCCAAACAUAACGCUUUGCAUUUAGGCCAAAAAGUUCAAUUUUAGUUUCGUCAGACCACAAAACUUUUUGCCACAUGGCUACAGAGGUGGUUUUUUUGCAUACUUCAAAUGGGAUUCAAGGUGGGCUUUCUUAAGUAAUGGCUUCCUUCUUGCCACCCUACCAUACAGGCCAGAUUUGUGGAGUGCUUGGGAUAUUGUUGUCACAUGCACACUUUGACCAGUCUUGGUCAUAAAAGCCUGUAGCUCUUGCAAAGUUGCCAUUGGCCUCUUGUUAGCCUCUCUGAUCACUCUCCUUCUUGCUCGGUCAUCCAGUUUGGAUGGACGACCUGAUCUAGGCAGGGUCUUGGUGGUGCCAUACACCUUCCACUUCUUAAUAAUCAUCUUGACCGUGAUCCAAGGGAUAUUCAAGGCCUUUGAUAUUUUUUUAUACGCAUCCCCUGAUCUGUGUCUUUCAACAACUUUGUCCCGGAGUUCUUUUGAAAGUGCCGUGGUGCUCAUGGUUGAGUCUUUGCUUUGAAAUGCACUACCCAGCAGAGGGAACCUGCAGGAACUGCUGAACUUAUCCUGAAAUCAUGUGAAUCACUACAAUUUAACACAGGUGGAGGCCACUUAACUUGGUGUGUGAUUUUGAAGGCGAUUGGUUACACCUGAACUAAUUUAGGAUUGCUGUUACAAGGGGGGUGGACACAUACAACCAAGCUAUUUCAGUUUUUAUUUUUAAUUUAAUUUUUUACAACUUUCUGGAAUAUUUUCUUCACUUGGAAGUUGUGUGGUAGGAUGUGUAGAUAAAUGAAAAAAAACCUACUUUAAUGCAUUUUAAUUCCAGGCUAUAAGGCAACAAAAGGUGAACAUUUUGAAAGGGGGUGUAGACUUUCUAUAGGCACUGUAUAUAAUGGGGAUUGAUUUUAUUCUGAUUACAAAGGCAGUAAAACUUGACUGACUUGUAUCUGGGUAACGCAUAUCCGAGUGCUAACUCUAAAAAUAUAUAUAUAAAAAAUGGGGAGCAUUUUCUACUCCUGUAAGAUUUGAUUAUUGACUAUAUAUGACGUUUGUCAAAACCUUAGUCUUACCAUCACUCAAAAACACUAAGAGCCCUAUCUGCAAAAAAAUGGAGUUAAGCUAAGUUAAGCAAUCUGUGCUAACUGUGAUCAAAUGCAGAAGACAGUGGCUUACUGGAGAGGAAAUCCAUUCACUUGUGGUUUAUUCAUUUCUGUGAUGAAUUUGUCCACAGGGCAGUGUGAGCUUUCCCUUAAGAUCUUUUAGUGAGCAAAGACAUGUACUAUAAUACAAAUCUGGCAUCGAAUCUUUAAAUGUAACUUGAAUGACUUUAACUUGUGCGUAACUCCCAUGGAAGUAUAUUGAGGGUACGGUAUUGGCAUGCUUAACUACACUAACUUUUUUUUUUU